AUGGCGCGGGCGGGCAAGUGCUUCGAGUGCGUGCUGCAGGGCGAAGUGAACUUCAAACACUUCCCCUCCUUCGUCGAGCGCCUCGGAGGGCUGUGCGACGAGAGCGUCGUCAAGGAGGACAUUGCGUACAAGGAGUACGUGUACAACUUCGACGACAAGUGUCCGCAGUACAUCCAGGGCGUGCCGCACUAUGAAGUGCGAGCGCGUCACGUGUUUUCCGGCUCCACGACAUUCCAGGGAGAAGCGGUGGAGAUGCCCUCGGAUGGAGGACAGAAGUGGGAGCUGCGAUACAUUGGGCGGUGGGAGCGUAAGAAGAUGUCGGAGCAUGUUGGGAGUGCGCCAUUGGGCGUGCCGUUCCGCAGUCAGAUCGCCGUCUCGGUUGGACAGAACGUGCGAUCUUUCCUCGGCACGCUCGGCUUCCGCCACAGCUACAGGUACAUGAGACUUGGCACGCGAUGGCAAUUCCCGAAUGGUAUCACGAUUGAAGCUACGCGCAUGAAGGCGUUGGAAAAUGAGGACGAGAAGGACGAGUAUCGUCUGGUGGAUCUGGAAAAUCUGCGUGUGGAGGCUCUGCUCGUGGAGAUCUCCGCUCUGACGACGGACGAGAAGAUCGACGAGGCCUCGCAGAAGAUUCGCCGUUUUGCAGUUGACCUGGACCCGUACUUCAUCGAGCGUCCGUCCGAGGGCAAGGAGAUUCUGCACAGCACUGCUACUCUGGCUGCUGAGCGCCGCAAACGCCCGCGUCAGUAG